GCGGAUCUGGGGGGCUCUAUCCGGGUGGGAGGGCUGCCCUGGGGAGCAGAGGCUGGGUUGGGGCUGGGGCCGUUUUCCCGGGCAAAAAGCAAUGUAAACCGGAUCAAUUGCCCUGUUUUUCGAAGAAGGAUCUUGCUCUUCAUGGAGGGGUAGAGGGCGCUGGUACUCGGGGCUCAAUUGCUGUUGAAUUCCCCGCCGAGCGGGGGGCUCCGGGUGUGCUGUGUAAAGGCGAAAAUGAAAAUAAAAGUAAAGCGGGGAGGGGGGGGCGGCGCCGGGCGCGAUAAUUCUCCGUCAUUUCUGCCGGAGGCGGAAUAGCCGGGUGGGCGAGGGGGGUCCGGGGCCAAGUCCCUGCCCUGGGGCGGUGUCCGCAUUCCGCGAUGCUGCCGGCGGUGGCGGUCGCGGCGGUGGUGGCCGUGGCCGUGACCGUGACCGUGGUGGCCGUGGCCGUCCCCGCGCUGCGGCACCGCCUGUUCCGUUCCGCUCUGCGCCGCGCCGGGGGCCGGUACCGGCGGCGGCUGGAGGCUCUGGGCAGGGACGUGCGGCUGAGCCAGGAGCGGCGGCUGCGGCGCCUGCUGGGCACCGGGACCGCCGGCGGCUCGGAGCAGUUCCAGGAGCGGCAUCCCCUGGGGCAGCCCUGUGGGGAAGAAGAAGCGCCGGGGGAUGCGGUUCCCCCGCCGCGUCUGUGGGCUCUGCUCCCCGGCUGCUGGGACCCCGACCCCCGGCUGCAGGGGUCCCUGCUCUACCUGGACGCCCUCGGUGCCGCCUUUCCACGGGCCCUGUCCCGCCGGGGCACGGCCGUGCUGCACUGGACCCCUGGCUGUCCCCGUGCCCCGGCGGGGUGGCCGCUGCCCACCCUGUACUGCACCCCGGCCGCUGCGGGCACCCUGCGCUCUCGGGCCGCUGCUCUGCGGCUGCAGCUGCUCUUUGCCCUGCGGCAGCGAGCGCUGCAUGUGCUGGAGGCCGGGCUGGCGGCCGAGCUGCACGAUGCGCUGCUGGCCCUGCGCACUGAAUGGCCCCAGCUGGCCCAGGAGCUGGCGCUGGGCAGGCUGAGCCCCCAGCCCGGGCUGCCCGAGGGGGUGCGGGGCCAGCUGCAGGCGCUGCUGACCCCUGAUGCUGCCCGGGCAGCCGAGCUCCGUGCUGAGUGCGCCCGUGGCUUCGAGGGCAUCGUGUUGCGUCUGUGGCCGCAGCUGGAGGUGGUGGUGGUGAGGACGGCGCAUGGUGCGGAGCGGCUCUACCGCGACUCCCUCUGCCAGACCGACUGCCAGGGACUGCCCUUCUACUGCCCCUUCUACCAGGCAGCAGGAGCCCUGCUUGGUAUAAACCUGUGGCCAGUGGAGCCAGCACCCCAGUUCCUGCUGUGCCCUGACUGGGCUUUCUGCGAGUUCCUGCCCUGCCUGGCCACCAAGGAGCCACGGACGGUGCUGCUGGACGAGCUCUGGGAGGGACGCGAGUAUGGGCUGGUUGUGACAGCUCAGCCAGGAGAGUACAGGUGCCGUACUGGGGAGGUGCUGAAGGUGACCGGCUUCCACAAGCAGUGUCCCGUGGUGGAACCUGUGCGCAGGGAGAGCCAGACACUGAGCGUGCGAGGUGAGAGCAUCCCUGAGGAGCAGUUCUGCCAGAGCCUGGGCCGCACCCUGAGGAUGUGGCCAGGGGCUCGCCUGAUUGACUAUGUCUGUGUGGAGAGCAGCCUGCUGGGUGAUUCUUCGGGACCCUGUGCCCCCCACUACGAGGUGUUCAUGGAGCUGCAGGGCCUGCGGGACCUGUCGGAGGGGCAGCGCUACAGGCUGGACCAGUGUCUCCAGGAGGAUUUCCCCAUCUACAAAUCCUUCCGCUUCAAGGGCAGCAUUGGGCCCCUGCGCCUGCACCUGGUGAGGCCCGGGAGCUUCACCCGGCUGCGGGAAGCUCUGGGCUCCCCCAUGCCCAUGCCCAGGGUCCUGCGCCAAGAGAAGCUGCUGCGGCUCAUCCAGGGAUCAGUCAUCUCGUAG